UUUAAUGCGCACAUGCUAAGGCAACCACAGUUGACGGACAUGGCAACACAAGAUAUGGUUAAUCAAAAGGCUAGGUGUUACAUGUUUUGGAUGAUUGCUGGUAUGAUGAUGGCAGAUACAUCUGGUAGUUUUUUAAAGCUUAUGUAUCUUCCCAUGCUCGAAGACGUCAAUGCAAUUGGGUCUUAUAGUUGGGGUAGUGCGACCUUAGCGUGCUUGUAUCGUUUUCUCUGUAAGUCCUCACAAAGUAACCAAAACGAGAUAGCUGGAUUUCUACCACUACUUCAGAUUUGGGCAUGGGAGAGAGUUACGGUCCUUAGACCACAGGUAAUAGCACAAAGAGACAUCAGAAAUAUUUUUCCAACUGAUUUACCUAAAGGUCCACAUGCUACUAGAUGGUUUGCACGUUUUAGUUGGACUGACACUACUAAGCAUGUGUUGAAAGUGUUUAGGGAUGCACUUGAAUCCAUGACGGAGGAUCAGUUUAUUUGGGAACCAUAUUCUGAUGAGUUAAUUGAGAGUCUUCCUGACUAUUGUCGCAUUGGACGAGAUAUAUGGCGUGUUAGAGCUCCAAUUUUUUGUUGGGAUGUCGUCGAGGUUCACUUGCCUGACCGAGUUAUGAGGCAAUUUGGGUUGAAACAGAUGAUACCAACUCCAUUUUUAUUUGAUUCGACACAUUUUCACCAUGACCGUCGGGGAAGACCAAAUACAAAUUGGGAGUUGAAGCAUGCACAAUGGUUGCCUUUUUGGAACCAACGACUUCAAUAUAUUUGUGAAGCACCAAUCAAUCGUGAACCACUUCGAUAUGACGACCCCUACCUUAUUUGGUUUAGACGCAUUACUCGUCUUGUUAUUGGUAAUCCUACUCUGUGUCCUCAACAACAACAAGGUUAUGUGCCAAAUUCAACGGCAUACGAAACAAUAGUGCGUUAUAUUCAUUCGAUGGUUGAUAAAGCAAAAUCACUCGGUGAUCAACCAUCAAUGGAGGAUUUUUACAUGUUUUGUGCAAUGGCGAGGAAAAGGUGGUGUUGCUGGUAGGAGGGCACGUGCUGCUGAGAGAGGACAAGUUCCCGU